AUGUCUCCAAGUAUAGACGUCGCCGAGAGCCAAGGGGAUUUGGUUCCCCUCUGCUCCAUCAUCACUCCUAUUGGCAUGCUAGGUUAUGGCUUCGAUGAAGCACUCACGGAUGAGGCUCUUGCCGAACUCACCCAGGGACCAGCCCCAGUGGCUCUGAUCAUGGACUCUGGCUCGACCGACUCGGGACCAGCCAAACUGGCACUGGGCGUCAUGACUUGUCCGCGGUCUUCGUAUCAGCGUGACCUCGAGAAGCUGUUGAAGUUGGCCCACAAGUACAACGUGCCCAUCAUGAUCGGUUCGGCUGGCGGAGAUGGUGCUGGAGAACACGUGGACGAGUUCUUGGAUAUUAUCAAGGACAUUAUAGAUGGUCCAGAGGGCAGCCAUUACAAAACCAAGGUCGUAGCUCUGUAUUCGGACAUCCCGAAAGAGUUGGUUAAAGAACGCCUUGGAACCGGCAAGAUCAAGGGCUGUGGUCCACCUGUACCAACAUUGACCGAGGAGAAUAUAGACGCAGCGCCCCGGAUUGUUGCACAAAUGGGAGUCGAGCCAUAUCUCGACGCCAUGUACGCGUCGCCCGACUUCAACAUCAUGGUCGGCGGGCGUGCCUAUGAUCCAGCUCCUUAUGUCGCCUUUGCCGCAUACCAUGCCAUGGGCUCGCAACAGUUGCCCUUGGACACGCUUGGAGCCGAGAAACUCGGAGCUUUUUUCCACUUGGGCAAGAUCCUCGAGUGUGGUGGGAUAUGUGCCACGCCCAAGAGCAGGUCCGCAUAUGGGACGAUCUACGUCGACGGGUCGUUCAAAAUCACUCCACUCGAGAAGGGGGCGAGAUGCACGCCGCUCACCGUCGCCGCCCACACGCUGUACGAAAAGACUCGGCCAGACCUGCUCGAGGGUCCAGGCGGCACCCUCGACCUGACCCAAACCACAUACGCGGCUUUGCCGGACGGCAAAUCGGUGCUGGCUCGAGGGGCCCUUUUCCACUCUACCGCAGUCGAAGGGAUACCGUACACGAUCAAACUCGAGGCUGCAAAGACACGUGGCUACCGGUCGCUCUUCAUGGGUCACAUGGGAGAUCCCGUUCUGACGGGCCAGAUCGACAGCUUUCUGGCCAGAGUGCAGGAGUAUGUCAAAUCGCAGCAUCGACAUGUCACAGAGGAGUGGGAGCUCGGGAUGCACAAAUACGGCGCUCUUUCGCCGCCAGGCCAGAUCUUCGUGGUCGGAGAGGCGUUGGCGACGAACCAGAAGCUCGCCACCAGCGUGGCAUCGGCGGCGAGAAUCGCUUGCACUCACGGCUCUUAUCCCGGUCAGAAGCAAACCUCGGGCUCUCUCGGGUUCGGAAUAGGAGGUAAGCUCGAGCUCGAGACAGGGCCGUGUGCUGAGUUCUGCAUAUACCACGUCAUGGACCUCCAGCCGGGCGAGGAGCGUGGCAGAAAGAUUGGCGACGGGGAUCAACCCAACAGACCAUCCGCACCGCUAUUCCCGUGGCAGACUUUACAAGUUGGUGAGGUCGACGCCCCGCCGCCAAAGAAGACGGUUUCAGAGGAUGCUCCGCAGGUCCAGAAGGUCAAUGGAGUCGUCCAGUCGAGCACCGUGACGUCGAACGGACUUAAACAAUCUUCUGGCUCUCAAGUCGGACACCAAUUCACAACUAUUGGGGAGGUCGCACAAGUCGUCCGUUCCAAGAACGCAGGCCCGUUCGAGAUCACGCUCGACCUCAUAUUCGAGUCGCCCCAGGUCUAUCAGACCGUCAAGCGUUCCGGCUUCCUCACCGAGGAGACGGUCGCAUCUCUGUAUUCGCUUCGCGUCGAAGAAAUCAUCUUCUGCGGCUUCUUCGACCAGGCACUGGCUUGGAAGGCAACCAUUCCGAGGAUGACUGACGGCAAGUACUCCACCAGCGGGUCAUUCCUUGACGAUGACUAUCAUGGCUCUCAGAAGUACAGCCCUCUAAUGAAUCUGAAGUUGCCAUCUGCGCUGGCGGAAGAGCUGGGCAAUAUGGCGUAA